CUUGGAACCCCCGCAGACUCUACCGACCGAAGCACUUCAGCUCUCCAACAGUCACACCGCCUACAAUGACUCCUGUCUUGGGCCUGGUCCUCCUCCUCGUCACUACAUCUCUUUCCCUCUGUGUAGGAGCCAAAGCAUCGCCUUCAACAGACAAGCCAGCGGUUAUCCUGGUGCCUGGAGCAUUCCACAGAGCGUCAGUCUACGACCAAGUCAAAACUUCAUUGAAGAAGUCAGGCUACAGGCACGUCGACGCCAUUGACCUUCCUUCAGUCGGACCGCUAGCCUCGUACGUCGAUCGGACGCCUGACAUCGCUUUGGUCAGAACCACUCUGGUCGCUCGCCUUUUGCAAGGCAAGGAUGUCGUUCUUGUUGGAAACAGCUAUGGUGCCACGGUAAUUGGAGAGGCAGUCAGAGGUCUUCAGUCCAUGUGCGUUACCACGGCGAACACUCCCAGGGGCAAGAUUCUCGGCCUGAUAAUGCUCUCCGGUUUCAUCCCCUACAUAAGGGACGUCUCACAUCCCCUCUCACGCACCGAUAUCCGCACCUUUGCACCACCCUGGUUCCGCUUCGAGGGUACCAGCCGCGUAUACUGGGACGCUGAACCGCUAUCCUCUCCCCCUUCUUUGACCUUCUACAAUCUCCUCGCCCCAGCCCAAGCCGCCUACUGGUCUAGCAAGCUAGCUCCCUCGUCCUUUACCGCGCUGAACGCGACAGCAACCUACAUUCCCUACAUGGGCGAUUUCAGAUGCCUGUAUGUGAUUGGCGAACGGGACAAUUGCGUGCCUCCAGCGUUGGCGCAGAGCUAUAUUGAUCAGGAUGGUGCGGUCUUUGAGACGCUGGUCAUCGAUGGGGAUCAUUUGCCUAUGCUCAGUCGGCCGGAGAAGACGGUGGAGAUCAUUCGAAGGUUUUCUGGGGAGGCGCUUUGA